UAUACCAACGGAGAGAAUCAAUAUUUUCCCUUUCGGAGCGAUUCAUCAAACCCAACGUAGCAUUAUCAAAUCCCAUAAACUCCAAUAAUCAGUAGCCACCGCCUCCGCCACCACCUCUGCCACCGCCUCCGCCUCUUUCCCACUCUGCUUUUUUUCGCUGUUCCUCAAAUUCUCAUUCUCAUCCAAUUAUUCAUCUCAAAUUAUGACUUCGACCUUCGAUUGCUGCAGCCCUCUCGCCGGAAAACUCCAUUCUGGACCCUCAUUCCUCCUCAUCGAUCCCUUUCAUGUCCGUGAAUUUCGUGUUUUUCGACGCCGGAGACUCAAGCAUUACCGCCAUGCCAACCAUUGCACCACCUUCACCGUCCGAAGCCAGUCGAACCCCUUCGAGAACCUUUUCCAUAACUUGGUUUCGCAAGUUACUACCGUCAAUUCCUUGGAGCUAAUUGCUCCAGCGCUCGGAUUCUCUUCUGGCGUUGCACUUUACCUUUCCAAUGUCGUCUCUGCCAAAAAUUCCGCAGUGUCGGAUAUUGGCGAAUGGAUUUUGUUGUCCAGCCCCACGCCGUUUAAUAGAUUCGUGUUUCUUCGCUGUCCGUCUAUAGCUUUCCCCGGAAGCGACACAAACCUUGUGGAGGAUGUGAGUGAGAAACUCGUGAAGGAGGACAGACACUUUGUGAGGCUCAACAGCGGGAGAAUGAAGGCCACUACUGGCGAUGAUGAGAAGGAAGACAAAUUGAUGUACCAAAGAUUGUGUAUAAGCACCGACGAUGGUGGGGUAAUUUCAUUGGACUGGCCGUCUAAUUUGAACUUGAGGGAAGAGCAUGGUUUGGACACUACGUUAUUGUUAGUGCCCGGAACUCCAGAAGGGAGCAUGGAUAGGAAUGUGCGGUUGUCUGUGAUUGAAGCUCUUGGGCGAGGCCUUUUUCCGAUAGUCAUGAAUCCUAGAGGCUGUGCUGGUUCACCUCUUACAACUGCACGGUUGUUUUCAGCUGCUGACAGUGAUGAUAUCUACACAGCUGUACAGUUCAUUAGUAGUGCAAGACCGUGGACAGCAUUGAUGGCCAUUGGCUGGGGAUAUGGUGCAAACAUGCUGACCAAGUACCUGGCAGAAGUUGGUGAGAGAACACCACUUACCGCUGCAACAUGCAUUGACAAUCCCUUUGACUUGGAGGAGGCCACCCAGACCCUUCCAUAUCACAUGGCUGUUGAUCAUGAUCUCACUGGUGGACUGAUUAAUAUUCUGAGAUCUAAUAAGGAACUUUUUCAAGGGAAAGAAAAAGGCUUUGAUGUGGAAAAGGCUCUUGAAGCCAAAUCUGUGCGCGAUUUUGAGAAACUAAUAUCUAGCAUUUCUCAUGGUUUUAAUUCUAUUGAAGAUUUCUACUCCAAGACAAGCACAAGAAAUGUGGUUGGGAAUGUGAAAAUCCCUGUACUUUUUAUCCAGAAUGACAAUGGAUCAGCUCCAGUGUUCUCAAUUCCACGCAGUUUAAUAGUAGAAAAUCCGUUUACAAGUCUUCUGUUGUGUUCUUAUUCGCCAUCUAGUAUUAUAUCUAGCAUGCAACCUGUUCUAUCUUGGUGCCAGCAGUUAUCAAUUGAGUGGCUUACAGCGGUAGAGCUUGGACUUUUGAAAGGGCGUCACCCUCUUCUCAAGGACGUUGAUAUUACCAUCAACUCUUCCAAAGGCUUAGCUCUCGUGGAAGGCAGAACAGUGGAAGAAAGAGGAAAAGUCAUCAGGCAACUAGGUUACAACGGGUCAGAUGCUUCAUGUGGGUACCAAUCAACAAGGUUUAUCAAGAAGAAACUUGAAGAGAGUCACAGUAGUAUCCAUACUGACCUAAGAUCUCAAAAUAACUCACAGAGCAAAUCACAACUCGAGGAUAAAGGAUCUAUUGAAAUUGAAGUUGGGGUUUUGAACCAAACCAGCUCUAUUAGUGAAGAUAUGGAUCAAAAGGACAAAGUUCGUUUGGAAGAUACUGAAAAAGGUCAAGUGUUACGGACAGCUGAAGUGGUUAUGAAUAUUCUUGAUAUGACUAACCCUGGCACUCUGACAGAAGAAGAGAAGAAAAAGGUCUUGAAUGCUGUGGGUAAAGGAGAGACAUUGAUGAAAGCUCUGCAAGAUGCUGUACCGGAAGAAGUCCGUGGAAAGCUUACAACUGCUUUAUCUGGGAUAUUGCAUGCUCAAGGAUCGAAUUUAAAGGUUAAUGAUCUAAUUGGCAGUUCUCAAAAAUCUAAUGCCACAUCAGAAUUAAAGAGAAAGACUGAGGAGAAGGUCAGACACGUGGCAGAUGCUGAAGCUUCCUCACAAAUUUCAUCCCCUUUGCAUGAGAUGGGAGCUGUUAAUGAUGUUUCAGAUGGUUCAGAUAGCUAUCGACCUACAAAGGACAAGUUUAUUGGGGAACUAGAAUCUGAUUCUCCUUCCUCUGAUGAACUCCAGUCGAUUGACCAAAAUGGUUCUCAAGCACUUGGUAUUCAGGGUGAUGAUACUAUCAGUUCUAUAAGGAAGGAGACCCGUGGCUCUGGUAAUACUGAGUCAGAUGAUGGAUUUUCUAGGGAAAAUACUUCUCAAUAUCUUGUUAAUGGUGAGAAAGAACUAGAGAUAGAUUUGAAGCCUGAACUUUCGAGCAAGGGUGAACAGAUAGGUAGCCACAAAGUAGCCAUUGGUGAUAAUUAUAAAGAUCAGGGUGGUGGAAUUGCUCAAUCAGAUGAGGAGGAAGAGAAUAAACCCAAGAAAAAUGAAGAGAAAGCUGUAGGUCCUUCAAACGAUGAUAAGGCGGUUUCAUCUUUUACAACUGAGGAAGCACUUUCAUCACUAGGGUCUACUUCAGAGGCUGAGGCAAUACAAGUAGAACAUGAAUACAAUGACAGUCAGAAGGAUAAUAAUAAUAUGCAACCUGUUGUAGAGCAUACUAAGCCUGUCGUUUCUGAAUCUAAUGUCAACAACUUCAGUGUUUCUCAGGCUUUGGAUGCCUUGGCAGGGAUUGAUGAUUCCACCCAGGUAGCAGUCAAUAGUGUAUUCAAUGUAAUUGAAAAUAUGAUAUCACAGUUAGAGGGUUCAGAAAAUGAAGGUGAGGACAAGAAGAGUGGUUCCUUAGUUGAUGAUCAUUGCUCAAGUAAUGAUAAUGAAAUGUCAUUAGGGAAGAAAGAAUGUGGUAACAUGGAUUCGUCUGUAAAUCCUGAAAGGAAAAGAGAUACAGAGCAUAAUGUUAGAAGUGGACGGGAAGAGGAGGAAUUCACUUCAGACCUGGUUUCAAUUAAUAGAAGCUCUUUGAUUAGAUCUCAGCCAGCCCAAGCAGGCAAGGAUGUAAAUGAAAAGGACAAACUCCUUGAUGAUAUGGAUGGAAAUGUGGAGAUGACUUCAAAUGUGUAUUUAGAUUCUGUUCACAAUAAAUUUUUCUUGAAAUACAUUGCCACAAACAUCCCUACUGAAUCACUUGAUAAGAAUACAACUACAGCUUUGUUGCUUGAUUAUAUUCCAGAAGAAGGCCAAUGGAAGUUUAUUGAGCAACCGGGAAAUGGAAGUGGUGCUAUUUCAGCAACUGAAGGAGUUGAUGGACAAGUGAAUGCCUAUGCACAUGCAAAAGUGAAGAAUACUGAUAAUGUUAUUGAGCCACUUUAUAUGAUUAUGGACAGUGACAAUCAGCCAGGGCCAGUUGGGGAAUAUCAAACCACGGUUAAUGGAAAGAAAGAAAUCAAAUGUAAUGAUGGACAAAAGGAUUUGGAAUACUUUGUUAGAACUAUUAUACAGGAUAGUUUGCAGGUUGAAGUUGGUCGUAGGCUGAGUGCAGUUAACAAGGACUUAAAAUUGGGUGUUGACAGAGACAUCGAACAUGUUGCAAAUUUGUUGUCAGUGGCUGUUGGAUAUGGCAGUGGGUGUAGCCAAUGUUUGGAUUCCAUUGCAGAAAAAGUGGGUACUCUUUGUGACGAGCGGAUUAUUAGAUCACUUUCCUCUUCUGUUCAGGAAACUGUUUAUUUGAAAAAGAUUCUUCCUUUAGGUGUUAUUAUCGGCUCUAGCUUGGCAGCUUUAAGAAAACAUUUUCAUGUGACUACACUGCAAGAUGAUAACCAGGGCCAAUGCUCGUUCUUUGAUCAAGCUAAAAAAUCUGGUCAAAGAAGUCAUGGUGAAGCUAAUAAUGGGAGAGAGCCCACUCAAAAUGUUAUAUUGACCGAUACAGUGUGUGUGGAAGGAGGAUGUGCUGAAAUGAGAAAUUUAGAUAAAGAUACUGUUGUGGUACGAGCUGUCACAGCUGCUCUUGGGGCAUCUGCAUUACUGUUACAUCAGCAGCGUUUAUGUGAAACUGAUGAAACUACUGAAAGUUCAUUGAAGUCCGAGGAGAAAUCUAGUCUUCAGAAAGAGCCAGAAAGACGUGAGGAGCAAAUAAUACCUGAAAAGAAUCAUAACAUUGUCACUGCUUUUGCUGAGAAGGCAAUGUCAGUUGCCAGUCCGGUGAUGCCAAAGAAGGAAGAUGGUGAAGUGGAUGAAGAAAGGCUGGUCUCUAUGUUAGCUGAAUUAAGAGAGAAGGGUGGCAUAUUGAAGCUAGUAGGCAGAAUAGCUUUACUCUGGGGUGGUAUACGUACCGCAAUGAGUGUGACUGAAAAGCUUAUCUCGAUCCUUCGAAUAGCAGAACGUCCUUUGUUUCAGAGGAUUCUUGGGUCUGUCGGCUUGGUGCUUAUUUUAUGGUCACCAAUUACUCUUCCACUGCUUCCCAAACUUGUUGAUAGCUGGGCUUCUCGGACUCCCUCAAAAAUUGUUAAUCUUGCUUGUGGUUUUGGUCUUUAUAUUGCUCUCACGAUUCUUGUUAUGAUGUGGGGCAAAAGAAUACGCGGGUAUGAACAUCCAGCAAAAGAAUAUGGGCUGGAUUUGACAUCUUGGUCGAAGUUUUAUGAUUUUAUUAUGGCCUUCCUUGGAGGAGUUGCGGUUUUGUUGGGAAUACAAUUCGUGAACGGGUUUCUUGGCUAUACAACUAUUUCAUGGCCAGUUAUUCCAACUUUGGGAAACUUGGUUUCUUGGUUGAAGGUGUUUGGGGGAAGUCUGUUGCUGGUUAGUGUUGGAAUUAUAUCAUCAAUAAUUGUUACAUCUGUAGAAGAAUUGCUCUUUAGGUCAUGGUUAACUGAAGAAAUUGCUUUGGAUCUUGGAUACUACCCAGCUAUUAUCAUUUCAGGGCUCGCUUUCGCGAUAUUACAGAGGUCCCUGCAAGCGAUACCGAUUUUAUGGGUGUUGUCCUUGGGUUUGGCAGGUGCCCGCCAAAGGAGGGAAGGCUGCCUGUCGAUUCCUAUUGGCUUACGUGCAGGUAUAAUGGCAUCUAGUUUUAUUUCUCAGAAGGGUGGAUUCAUAAGCUAUAAGCCCAUCCCUACGCAUCAUCCUGUUUGGAUUAUGGGUAUCGACCCACACCAACCAUUGAGUGGGGUGGCUGGUUUUGCAUUUGCUUUGUUGGUCGCUUGUAUUUUCUUCCCCAGAAAUCCCAUGGAGAAGAAGAAUUUGAGAAGGACGAUCCGUGAGUAGAAGAUUGAUUGUAUCAAUCGAGCAUCUAAUCAUUCUUUGCGAAGCUGCACGUUUUGGGAGUGUAAAUGGCCAGAGAGUUUCACAGGGUACUAAGGAAGAAACACCCCUAUGAAACCCUGCAAAUUAUGGUCCAAAAUGAAGAUGGCUUUACAUCGGCAUUGCUGCUCGCAGUGGCUCAGCUCAUUUCCUGUAUCUAUAUUGAAAAUGCUGCAGUUAAUGCAUACAUAUAUUUAAAAUACAACUGCAGUUCAUAUAGUUUUGUAAAGCAUUCGCUGUAUUUAUUCCGACAGACGUGUAAAUAAUCAAGAAAAUAGAAAAUUGAUCAGGACCUCUACACCAUUUGAAUGAAUAAAAAUGGAAAAAGAAAAAGCUCUAGUAUUUUGAUAAUUGUAAGAGCUAACAUCAGCAUGCAUGGAUUUGAAGGUAUAUUAUUCUAAGAGGUCUGUUUGAA